UGCGAUACGCAAACAGAUGUCCUCAUUCUGCUGGAUCCUAUCCCUGGUAACACCAUCUACGAGAAUUACCAAAGGAAGAUUGCCAGCUACGUGGCCGAGAGGCUGCUGAAAACGGGUGGUUGUCACACGGCGGUCAGCUUGUCGGCAGCUGCCCUAAGCGAAGACGCCACCGAGCUAGUGCUGACGUACAACUCACGCCAUGACACGCAUGCUUCGCCGUCCUGUGCCAUUGAGAACAUGGCAGGUAAAGGCUGCUCGCAGUGCACAGAAGUGGACAUAUGGCGCGCAGUGCUUAAAACAUGGGACAGGCUUCGACCCCGAGGACAGCUAGCCUAUCCGCUGUCUCCAUCCAAGGUGGUGGUUUACUUCAAGUUCAGCUCCUUCAGAGCGAGUCUCGAGGACGUACGCACAGUCGUCCAGCACCUUCGAGAAAAGCAUGAAGAUCUCAAGAUCUUUACAGUGGGGCCAAGGACCGACAUAUUGCGUGCUUUCAAGCAUGGGCCCCGCGACUCCGUCGUGGUCAUUCCAAACUCAAUGGACGACGUGCUGCUCAGGCAGAUUGCACGCGAACUCACCGAAGAGGUUUGCCGAGCACCUAUGGGCAUCCUAUGCCACGAUUGUCAACGUUCACCGGUCGGGCAUGCCUCUGAUACCGUAGAGGACUUCCAAGCUCCGCUAACGGUUCGGCACUGGGCACUGCAUCCGGGACACUUUACCGACGUUCCUCGAAUAGUGAACGUUACCUUCGAGUCACUCCACCUGCCGAUUAAAGUCUGCCUAGACCGCUUCAGUUCAAAUGGCACCAAGGUGGCAACGUACAGCGACCUUUGCCAAGAGACAGGCAGCAAAGUGAAGGCCAUUCGGUACAGCGUGAAGAAAGUUUGCGCCGGCGAAGAAUCAUCAAGUUGCCACUCACUCCGAUUCUCCGUGACGGCGUUAUCGAGAAAAGCGGGUGACCCUUUCCUGGAGUGCACGGACCCAGGUUGUCAACUUCCUGACCAAACGAAAAUUCUGAUCACAUAUGACAUCGAUUUUCACUCCAGCCAGAAGAAACUUUACUCCGGGAUAGAAGAACGAGUCAGCGUUCCGCUUCCCAGAGCUCCUGACACACCGCAGUCGCUGCAGAGAGCACUCAGCUCGAAGUGCCCGAAGUACACUCAUACGAAUGGUGGUGUGGCUACAGAGAUAGACCAAUACUUAGCACUGAGUGUGAGUUACUUCAUUGACGUAGUGCAAAAGAUUGAGGCGGCGUACCCCGAAAGGAACGUUUUCGACAUCGCCAGUCUACUGCUGAACUGGUUCACAGUGAGCGACUAUGAACUCGCCGACGGCAACAAAGUGGGCCGGGACCUGAGUGAGCAGAUGACCCUGGAGUCCUGGCUGAGUCCAUGGCCUCGGGGCCUGGGAGAGCAUCCUGUGACGUUCAACAAGAGCAUCCUCACCGAGAGAGAAAUGUGCGCCCUCUUCCUCAUGCUCCACCACUCAUUUCAUGAGAACAGACAGAACGACAGCGACUUCACUGUUGAAAAAGGCGUGGCGCAAGUCGGCUGGGAAGCGCCCAAGAUCGCCGUGGCUCUUGGCAAAGUGCUGCAGGGCAUCGUCGUCGGCAUGAUCCAGAGGUCGGGAAACCUCACUGACAUCUGGCAAGCGGACGAGCCAGCCAAGGAAUCUCGAAUUCCACCCAUAGAUCCUCUCCUGUCGGCUACGAUCGGUGUGGUUUACUUCGAAACUUUCAACUCGUCUCUAGUGGUUCUGGCCGUUUCAUCAGUGGAGAGCUUGCUGCACCGCCAUGGUGGAAGCGUCAUCGGCCAUGAAGGAGUCUGGCUUGGAGAGUCCUGCCCCGGCGCCUACAAGACGGGAGGGAAGAGACACUGGUGCUCUUACAGCGUGCUACGAGGAGCAAUCGACGGCCUUCUCCUCGGCAAGCACGCCCGCCUCAUCGCCUCCCGAGGCGUGCCCUUGAGUCGGCUGCUGAGUCUGUACUACGGCGUUUCCGGCGUUCCCCGAGCUGUGCCCGGUGUUCCGGGGUUGUCCGUGUGCGGGCGACGGGAGUUGCUGUACCCGUACCUGCGAGACGGCCUGCUCGAGGGCAACGUGAGCUACAUGGCGCGUGCCUACCUGUUGCACCGCUACGGCCAAAGUUCGAAGAGGCUCAGUCUGUUCGUGGCUGCGGCCACGGACGAAUUCUUGCAGAGGCUGAGACGCGACCUGCUCAGACACCCUGCAUUUUGCGACCGCUACCCGCCAACAGCAGACCAAGCGGAGUGCAGAACACCAGGCGACAUCUUCGUCGUGAUGGAUGCCGACGCAUACGCGAACGAUCUGUGGAUGACGCAGCAAAGAAGGACCGUCGAACUCUUGGCGCAGCGCCUGAACAUUGGUAGCCACAGCGGCCGCUUCAUGCAUCUCUACGUGAACAAGCGCGACAUCGACGGCGCGCUACAGCUGCAGUUGGCGAACGAGACGUCGUCAUCGACUAUCAGCUGCUAUGCGCGUAGUGCAAACUUCUCCGAGAUUGCAACAGACAACGAGGUCGCCGUGCUAGAGUCCCUAAGAAACCUGCUGUCCAACAGCCUAAACAGGAACAGAGGCCCCCUCGCUCCAUCAACGACCAUCGUUAUAUUCAAAUUCGGCCACCUGCGCUCUUCACAUCAACGGUUAAAACCAUUGCUACCAAGAGUUCUUGAAAAUAACGAAGGUGCCGGAUCCAUCAUUGCCGUUGGGAACAAUAUGACGUCACUGAGACAAAUGGUGCGCCGAGAAGGCAGGGACAUGGCUAAAGACCACGACAAAGUCAUUCUGCUAGCGGCCACUGAGGACGCAGCUACGGACGUCGCAAAUAAAAUAGCGGACGAAGCAUGCACAGCUCCAGCACUUCUUCGUUGCUUGAACGACGAGGCAGGAGGCAAGGAAAGGUUCUCCUUUCAAGGCGGUGUGACAGAGAAUGGUGUUGUCUACCUUAUGAUGGACCCUGAGGACUACGACAAUUUCGACGACCUACACAUAAAGAUUGAAGCCAUUGACGGAGCACUGAAGGUCUGCCAGCAACGCUCACGAUUUCAACACUUGAAGCUGCAGGAGUGUGACACCGUAUCCAAGAAUGAGCUGAUGUUCAGACCAUCCUGCAAAGACGAUCCCUGCAGACCACUUUAUCUGGCAAUCGUCGGGAUAUCGGAGGAGUGCUCUAGCUCUUGGAGAGAAUUUAACAGCACUUGUGCGCCAACUGGGAAAGUCGAAUAUCGCCUCACACUUAACCAUAUGAACAAUACGUUGACUGUUGGAGCAUGACAUAUUCAAGAGCUACGUUGAUGACUAUUUAUUUUUAUGAACAUUCAUCUCUUUUAGUGCUUUUACAAAUAAAUAGCGCUG